AUGGAGAAAUCUUUAUGGGAUAUUGCCAUUGAGCAGUCGAAAAAACGUUCGUGCACUGACAGUUCCAGCAGUGAAGAAUCAACGAUCUUCCUGAUUGGUUCCAAAAAUUCUGGAAAGACAUCCAUCAUUCUCCGAUUCUUGGACAGAGAUGAGCCACCAAAACCCACAGUUGCUCUGGAGUACACUUUCGGAAGAAGAGCCAAGGGAAACAAUAUUGCUAAAGAUGUAGGUCACAUCUGGGAGCUAGGGGGAGGAACUUGGUUGUCCAAACUCAUGGAAGUUCCUGUAACACCAAGCACACUGAUGAAUACAACAUUGCUGCUUGUCCUGGAUCUGUCAACACCAACAGAGCUGUGGUUUACCAUGGAAACACUGUUACAGGCAGCAAAGACGCGGCUGGAGGAGGCUAUCAGAGAAGCCAAGAGUUUGGAUCCUUCCAUCAAAGACAGGCUGCAGAAAAUGGCCUGGGAGAGGGUUGGUGUGGACCAUCCUGACAAAAACAUGAUGGAUCCUUUCUUAAUACCACUUGUGAUAGUUGGUAGCAAGUAUGAUUUGUUUCAGGAUUUUGACUCAGAAAAAAGAAAAGUAAUCUGCAAGACUCUGAGAUUUGUUGCACACCUGUACGGAGCCAGCUUACUGUUUUUCAGCACAAAACAAGAACAGUUAGUGUCCAAGAUGAAGAGUGUUUUCAGCCAUUACCUUUUUGGGGCAGCUCCAAGCAAAAGUCUACAAGUUGAUCACAACAAGCCUAUUUUUGUCUCUCCUGGACAAGACACUCUACAACAAAUAGGUACCCCUCCCUUAUCUGACAAGGAUAUAGGGAGAGUUCAAGCCAAAACUCCGCUGGCUUUGUGGAAAGUGGCUUUUACUGGAAUUUUUCCACAAACAACCACCAAUGACCCUGCUAUGGUUGAGGACCCAGCAAAGGAUCCUCAGUUUGCAGAGCCUGCCAUUGACAAUCUGAGGGCACAGAAAAAUGAGGAGCUUGAGCACUACAGGAAAGUUGCAGAGAGGAGGGCCAGAGAAUCUGAACACAGUUCCCAGCUUUCAUCAUAG